GCUGCGUCUGAAGAGGGGAGAAUUCCCUGUCACCAUCAGGGAAGCAACAGCCCAGAAAUGUGAUUGCAAUUGACUAGCAGGGCAGAGGCCUGGGAGGCUCUGGAUUGAUGGCUUAGAACAUGCUAAAAAGCCAAUAUUUUCCUUGGGGAAUUCAGGGGCCAGCUGGUGCCCGUGACAGUGACCUGGAGCAAGGGGGUCAGAAAACAGUUGCAGAAAGCAAGAGGGACCGUCCUCGGGACUGACUUAGACUACCCACAGGAGGCUCCCGCCACGCAAUUCCUGCGGUCCUCUCACGGAAUGCUGGUGAGGUCCUGCACCCAGGGGAGCAGUCUGGCCGGGCAAGGGGCUGCCUGGUGAGAGAGAACUCCUGGAAGUCUGGCUGACUCCUGAUCCCUGCUUUGAACCUGAGAGUGUCAGAGCCCCGCAUGUGUUUUCCCUCGGGAAGAUGAGGACUCUGAACACCUCCACCAUGGACCGGGCCGGGCUGGUGGUGCAGAGGGACUUCUCCUUCCGCAUCCUCACUGCCUGUUUCCUGUCGCUGCUCAUCCUGUCCACUCUCCUGGGGAACACACUGGUCUGUGCUGCUGUCAUUAGGUUCCGACACCUGCGUUCUAAGGUGACCAACUUCUUUGUUAUAUCCUUGGCUGUGUCGGAUCUCUUAGUGGCUGUCUUGGUCAUGCCCUGGAAAGCGGUGGCUGAGAUUGCUGGCUUCUGGCCCUUUGGGUCCUUCUGUAACAUCUGGGUGGCCUUUGACAUCAUGUGCUCCACUGCAUCCAUCCUCAAUCUCUGUGUGAUCAGUGUGGACAGGUAUUGGGCUAUCUCUAGCCCCUUCCGGUAUGAGAGGAAGAUGACCCCCAAGGCAGCCUUCAUCCUGAUCAGUGUGGCAUGGACCUUGUCUGUCCUCAUCUCCUUCAUCCCAGUGCAGCUCAGCUGGCACAAGGCAAAACCCACCAGUCCCUCUGAUGGGAAUGCCACAUCCCUGGGUGAGACCAUAGACAACUGUGAUUCCAGCCUGAGCAGGACAUAUGCCAUUUCAUCCUCCGUAAUAAGCUUUUACAUCCCUGUGGCCAUCAUGCUUGUCACCUACACCAGGAUCUACAGGAUCGCCCAGAAACAAAUACGGCGCAUCUCUGCCUUGGAGAGGGCAGCAGUCCAUGCCAAGAAUUGCCAGACCACCACAGGUAAUGGGAAACCUGUUGAGUGUUCUCAACCUGAAAGUUCUUUUAAGAUGUCCUUCAAAAGAGAGACCAAAGUUCUGAAGACACUGUCGGUGAUCAUGGGGGUGUUUGUGUGCUGUUGGCUGCCUUUCUUCAUCUUGAACUGCAUUUUGCCCUUCUGUGGGUCCGGGGAGACCCAGCCCUUCUGCAUCGAUUCUAUCACCUUUGACGUGUUUGUGUGGUUUGGGUGGGCCAAUUCCUCCUUGAACCCCAUCAUUUAUGCCUUUAAUGCUGAUUUUCGGAAGGCAUUUUCAACCCUCUUAGGAUGCUACAGACUUUGCCCUGCAACUAAUAAUGCCAUAGAGACAGUUAGCAUCAAUAACAACGGGGCCGUAGUGUUUUCCAGCCAUCAUGAGCCACGAGGCUCCAUCUCCAAGGAGUGCAAUCUGGUUUACCUGAUCCCACAUGCCGUGGGCUCCUCCGAGGACCUUAAAAAGGAGGAAGCAGGUGGAAUAGCCAAACCCCUGGAGAAGCUGUCCCCAGCCCUAUCAGUCAUAUUGGACUAUGACACUGACGUCUCUCUAGAGAAGAUCCAACCCAUCACACAGAAUGGACAGCACCCAACCUGAGCUCCUAGAUGACUCCUGCCCCACAUGCUCAUCCCCAAAGCUAGAGGAGAUUUUUCUGGAGCUUGCUGUUAAGAAACUAAGGCAUGAUGAGACUCUGGGGUGUCAGGAGAGCCUUCUGCUGCUUUCCAACACGCAACUAUUUUCAAAUACAUUAUAGUGUGUUUUCUGUGUUGUUUAUAGUCAAGCAAACAGGGACACUACAAAUGUGGGAAGCUACAAGGGACAUAUCUUCGGCUCCCAAAUUGUUUUUAGAAAUUUAUUCUUAUCUUAAGACUUUAAAGAUAGGGCAAAGAAUCAGCAAUGAACAGCUUCACUUGAAAAUCAAACCUUUCCGGGAAGGAAAUG